AUGGUCGACAACCCGGUUGUCCAAGCGCGGAUCACAGAGCCGCUCGUCAGACGAAUAUGGGGAGAAUUGCGCAGACCAGUAGCGUGGAUGCACAGCGGCGUGGGUCUCGUGCACCACGCCAUCACGUUGGAAAACAUCCUCCUGAAGAUGAGCUCGUUCGCCGACCCGCUGCCCUGCCAGUCGCUCAUCAAGCUCACCAACAUCAGCCUCUCACGCUUCAUCGACCCGGCGAACCCGCGACUGACGACGCUCUACGGCUCCGAAUCGUACGCCGCCCCCGAGCUCAUGAUGGGUCGCACCCACGACGGAUGCCAGACGGACGCCUGGGCGGCGUGCAGCGUCGUCCUCUAC